AUGUUCUGUGACCAUCAAGGAGAAUAAUCAUUCUGUAUAUGUUGUCAAUAACUUAUUUGUGAAUUAUGUAUAUGUUGUACAAAUUCAAAAAAAAUAAAUGUGCCAAAAAUACAUUUAAAUGCACUUUGUUCAAGAUGUGAUUAAACUUAAGCUUAAAUUAAAUGUGAAUAGUGUAUGUUUCAAUUCUGUUAAGAAUGUUUUUAAUCAGUUCAUAAAAUAGGCAAAUUUUCAACUCAUAUCAAAAUUGAAAUCAAUUAAGAUCUACACUAAUAAAUAAUCAAAUAAAUGUCUAUAAUUACAGAACUUGAAUAAUACUGUUAAGAAUAAAUGAAAUCGAUUUUAUAAUAUUUUGAUUAGAUCUAAGUAGUAUUAGAUAGGAAAAAAAAUAGUUUCUUGAUGGUAUAUCAAAUUAUCGUAAUUAAUAAAUGAAACAGCUUAAAUAGAGAAUAAAUUUAAUUGAAGCAGCUGUCAAAAUUAAUUCAGAAUAAUCUUUUGAAAUCCCAAAGUGUCUAAUUUAUUAAAAAGAAACAUUUAAUUUAACCGCCAAAGAAUAAAUUAUAGACUUGAUUUUAAAUAUUGAUAUUUAAAAAAACCUUGACUAAAGUACUCUAAGUCCACGUAAAAUUCUUACUUAAUCAAAUGUGAGAAGGAGUGCCAGUUGUAAAAAAUUGGAAUCUUAAGACAAAAUUGUUGAGAUUUGUGAAACUUUUGAAAAGAGAAAAUUUAUUAAAUCAUUAUGUUAAUCUAAUUCAAUUUAAUUAUAAUGGACUCAUUCUAGAUUGAAGGUUGACUAUAAUUAAAAAAUGGGAAUUGGCAUGAAAAUUAAAGGAGUUGAAUAAUUUAAAUAAAUUUAUAUAGGUAUUGAACCAUAAUUUACAAUUAUUUGAUUAUAAGCAAAAACCAAUUACAAAUUUAGAAUUUAAAGUAUAUUUGAAAAUAAGACAAGUGAAUUCAGUGAAAUCUUGAAUUUAGCUACAUCUUAAUAAUAAUCUAUUGAGGAUAGUCUAAUAAUUUCUAAGAAAAUAAUAAAUAAUGAUAUCUAGGUUUAAUUUGAGAAACCUGGAUUAGUUUUACGCACAAAUCCAUUAUACUUUAGAAUAUGGUCUUGGGAAAUCAAAUUAAUAAUUAAUGGAAUAAUUGAAGAUUUGACAGCCAGUUUGGUUUUUGGAGUAGCUAAUAAAUAAAGAAAGAUUGUUGGAACUACAUUGAACUACGGUUAUUAAAGAGAAUCCUUGAUUAUUAAGGUCUUAGUUGAUAUAGAAAAUAAGUUAAUGACUAUAACUUCGAAGAUGCAUCCAAAUGGAGAAAGAUACUAUAAUAUAAUGGGUCCUGUAUUUCCAGCAUUUUAAAAUAAAAAUACUCAUAAAGGAUCAGGAUGUAAAUUAUUGAUAUAAUAUUAAUAAUUAUGAAUAAAAAAGAAUUAAGAAAACUUAAUUCAUAUGUAGAUAAAGAAGUACUCAAUCUGACAGGUGGUCUUUAUCCAUUUGCUCUUUUCUCAUAAACAAAACCGCUAAAUCAUUAGAAAUGGAUUUAAGAGGAAAUAAUGCUAACUAAUCAUAACAUAGAAAAAGUGAAGGCAUGGGUACCAGAACAAGAGAAAGGGUAAAUGUUUAGAGGAGAAAAAGUCAAUUAAGAUCCAGAAUAUCUUGAAUUUAAAGAAGAGGAAAUUAGUAUUGAUACUGAUUGGAGUCUUGAGGAGACUUAAUAUUUAUUCAAUUAAUUGAGGAACUAUAAUUACAAUUUCAAAGUACUGUCUGAUAGAUAUUCAUAUCAAAAUAAAAACAGAGAUAUUUAUUAAUUGAAGGAUAGAUAUAACAGGUUUGGUAAUAAAGUAUAAUAAAAGAGGAAUGAAAAAUCACAUUUUCUAUAUAAUUAUGUUUAUGAUGAAGAAUAUGAUCGAUUUAGAAAUAUGGAACUUGAAAAGUAUUAAAAAGAACCAAAUAAAUAUGUGAUGAAGAUAAAAAGUUAUAAGAAGAUCUAAGGAAAGUUAAUCAAUAAAUAAAGAAAUAAGAGAGGGAACAUAAAAGUUUAUGCAAAUCUAUUAAUCUAUAAGAAUAUGAUGUAACUUAUUAUUUGCCAUUUAGGAUAUUGAUGAUAAAUCAAUCAAUUAUAUUAUAGAUAUGUCAUAAAGAAAUGAAGAAAUUCAAAAGACAACUAAUGAGAGAAUAGUUUAUUUAAGAAAUAAAUGGAUUAAUGAAGCAUUACCAUUACCUACUACAAUAAAAGAUAAAUUGGAUAGGCAAUUAAAAGAAGUGCUUUAAAAUACUAAAUUAGCUUUAAAUUAAGAAAUAGAAGAAUUAUUUUGUAAUCUACGUAAACUCUAAUUGGGUGUAUUGAGUUAAUAAAGAUUAUAAAAAAGAAGAGAAUAAGAUAAAAGACAUUUGGAAGAUAAAAUUAAAAAACUUAAAGCUUAACAUGAUUCAUAAUAAGCUAGUGAUAUGAAAACUAAAAAAUGA